ACAGCAGCAGUCAGAGUGACUGCACACCCAAAACAGACGUUUCUCGAAAGCUCUGAUGACAGGUUUGCCCCUGCAUGAUUCAUAUUAUAACUUUUAACGGCUGAUGAAAGGCAAGAUAAUCAAAAUCUAAUAUGACCCGGCAACAACUUUUCUUCUAUCUCCAUAUAUAUACACACACACCAAAUAAUCAAAUCUUAGAUGUAUUAAUACUACAAAGGUUCAUAAUUUAUAUAGCUUUUAGGAGAAAUGGUAGAGUGGCUACGUUGGGCUGUCGUAGUAGCUGUGGUGGCUAUAACAAUCACCAUACAGGAUGGUGGAGUUAGCGGAGGAGAUGUAGUGUACGACGGAAGAUCUCUCAUCAUUGAAGGGCAAAGAAAAAUUCUGUUUUCGGGUUCCAUUCACUAUCCCCGAAGCACUCCUGAGAUGUGGCCAUCUUUAAUAGGCAAAGCCAAGGAAGGGGGACUAGAUGUCAUUCAAACUUAUGUGUUUUGGAACCUCCAUGAGCCUCAACCUGGACAAUACGAUUUCAGUGGAAGAUAUGAUUUGGUGAAAUUUGUAAAGGAAAUUCAAGCACAGGGUCUUUAUGUCUGCCUCAGAAUUGGACCCUUUAUCGAAAGUGAAUGGACUUAUGGGAUCGUUUGCAGGGGACUCCCUUUUUGGUUGCAUGAUGUUCCUGGCAUUGUUUAUCGGACGGAUAAUCAACCCUUCAAGUUGUACAUGCAAAAUUUUACUACAAAAAUAGUGAAUUUGAUGAAGUCGGAGGGAUUAUAUGCUUCACAAGGAGGACCAAUAAUAUUAUCACAGAUAGAGAAUGAAUAUGGAAAUAUUGAAGCAGCUUUCCAUGAGAAAGGAAGCUCAUACGUCCACUGGGCUGCAAAAAUGGCGGUUGACCUCCAAACGGGUGUUCCAUGGAUCAUGUGCAAGCAAAUCGAUGCUCCUGAUCCCGUGAUUAAUACAUGCAAUGGGAUGAAAUGUGGAGAAACUUUUGGAGGGCCUAACUCACCCAACAAACCAUCGCUUUGGACAGAAAACUGGACAUCAUUCUAUCAAGUAUAUGGGGGAGAACCAUAUAUAAGGUCUGCUCAAGAUAUUGCAUUUCAUGUGGCCCUUUUCAUUGCAAAAAAUGGGAGCUACGUAAAUUAUUACAUGUACCAUGGUGGGACAAAUUUCGGCAGAACAGCAGCAGCUUAUGUGAUAACAGGUUAUUAUGAUCAAGCUCCCCUUGAUGAAUAUGGUCUGAUUAGGCAGCCCAAAUGGGGACACCUCAAGGAGUUGCAUGCUGUAAUUAAAUCUUGCUCCACAACAUUACUUGAAGGAGUGCAAACUAAUCUCUCUGUUGGUCAACUUCAACAGGCAUAUAUGUUUGAAGCACAAGGAGGAGGAUGUGUGGCAUUUCUUGUGAAUAAUGACUCGGUUAAUGCAACUGUUGGGUUUAGAAAUAAAUCAUUUGAAUUGCUUCCAAAAUCAAUUAGUAUUUUACCCGACUGUGACAACAUAAUCUUCAAUACUGCCAAGGUAAAUGCAGGGUCCAACAGGAGAAUCACAACAUCAAGUAAAAAAUUGAAUACAUGGGAGAAAUACAUAGACGUUAUCCCCAACUACUCGGAUUCCACAAUAAAAUCAGAUACUUUGUUGGAGCACAUGAAUACAACCAAAGAUAAGUCGGAUUAUCUUUGGUAUACUUUUAGCUUUCAACCAAAUUUAUCCUGCACUAAACCUCUCCUUCAUGUUGAGUCUCUUGCACAUGUUGCAUAUGCUUUUGUCAACAACAAAUACUCAGGAUCAGCACAUGGAAGCAAAAAUGGAAAAGUUCCAUUUAUCAUGGAAGUACCGAUUGUCUUAGACGAUGAUGGACUGAGCAAUAAUAUUUCUAUACUCAGUGUUAUGGUUGGAUUACCGGAUUCUGGAUCCUUUUUGGAGAAGAGAUAUGCUGGCUUAAGUAGAGUUGAAAUCCAAUGCACAGAUGAAAAGCAAUUGUAUAAUUUUACAAACAACAACAACUGGGGUUAUCAGGUAGGAUUGUUGGGUGAAACAUUACAGCUAUACGGUAAAGAACAUUUGGAGAUGGUUAAAUGGAGUAAAGCUGAUAUCUCCAUUGCUCAACCUCUUACUUGGUUUAAGUUGGAGUUUGACACGCCGAAAGGAAAUGAUCCGGUGGUGUUAAACCUUGCAACAAUGAGCAAAGGCGAGGCAUGGGUCAACGGGCAAAGCAUUGGUCGAUACUGGAUUUCAUUUCUUACAUCCAAAGGCCAUCCUUCACAAACACUGUAUCAUGUUCCUCGAGCUUUCCUUGACAAUUCCACCAACCUAUUAGUCAUAUUUGACGAAUAUGGUGGAGAUCCGCUGGGUAUUUCAUUGAACACAAUCUCCGCCAAAAGUUUACGAGAUAAUAUCUUUAGUAACCAUUUCCUCAAUACUUCAAAGGAGUAGGCUCAUCUGUUCUAAAUAUUAUUAUAAAUAAUGGAUUAACAUAUAUGACACUUCCUUUCUGUACAUUCAAUAAACUUUGUUUCCCCUAUUCGGCCUACAGAGAAUAAAAUAAUUAAUCUAUAUAUUUACUCUAUUUGUUUUUA